AUGUCAAAACAUUCCCACGCGCCGCCUCGACCACUCUACAAGCUGCCGUCGUGGUCACCAGACAUGGUACGAGACGAGGCGUGGGAGAGGCGGAAGGACAACCACCGGCACCGGUUGAGCAAGAGCCUCUCAGAGGAUGACUUGGAAGAAUUGAAGGCUUGCAUUGAACUCGGGUUUCGGUUCGAUUCGCCCGAAAUUGACCCGAAGCUGUCAAACACUAUCCCUGCUUUAACGUUGUACCACACUGUUAAUAAACAGUACAACAAUCACAAAUUAUCUAGGUCUUCCUCUUCAUUGUCCCGUGUCUCCGAGAGCAACAUUGCAAGCUCCAGCACCAUAUUCAACCCAGGGGAUGAUUUGGCUACAAAGAAGACUCGACUGAAACAGUGGGCGCAGGUGGUUGCUUGUGCGGUGCGACAAUCUUCUCCCUCUUCGGAUUCAUAA